UCCGGCGAGCCUUAACCUGCACCUCGGGGCCGGACAGCGGGGCUGCAGAGAGGUGCAGCCGAGAGCGCGGCACGCGUGUCCGCGGCUGUGCGUGGCCAUUGGCCCCGGGCACACCCCGGCCGGAAAGAAGGGUACCCACCAGGCUAGGGGGACAGCGGCAUCCGGAGACGUGGACACUGAGGAGACAUGGGGACACACGGACAUUGAAGGAGUGACAGUGGCUGUGCGGCGUGUCCCCUCUCGGGGCGGGGAAGGGGGAAGGAGCACCCGCUGCUCGCAGCUGUAACAACAAGGGGGCAGCGAGAGGCUGCCGGAGUACCCAGCCGAGGGGCAGCAGCGCGGCGGUCUGCCCCAGCCCCGCCGCACGGUGCCCUGAAUCCCUCGCACCGCACCGGCCGGGCUGGAGAAGGAGGAGGAGAUCGGGCGCUUUCACUCCUGCUGGCUGCGGAGGCUGAGGCAAAAGACAGAAAAAAGGAGGAGGGGAAUAAAAAGUAAAGAGGGGGGAGAGAGAGCGAAAGAAAACUAAGCUCAGCUUUUGCCGGUGCUGCUUGGAUUGGAUCUGGUUUGAGUUUCCUCUCUGCUGGCUUGUGCAGCAAGAGAGGAGGAGUGGGGGGAAGUAACUUGCUCACUCUUCCUCUGAAGCUCAAGCAAACGUGCUGGUGCCUGCACUGGUGAGGAGCUGCCCUGGGUGCAGUUGCCUCCUGGCUUAUUGCUCUCACUUCCUACAGAACUGCCUGGACUUCUCGAGGACCUGGAGGAAAAACCAUCACUUCACAGAUCAGAGAGUUGCUCAGUGACUAUAGACUUGACAGUUGUUUUUUUUUCUAGGGAAUUCUUUUUUAAUUAUUUUUCUCCUGUGUCUCUGAGAACAGCAGUUGCUUGAGUGUGUGGCAUUGAAAUCCAUUGCUUUGUUAACAACUUUGGGAGAUAUUUUAAAAAACUUUUUUUUUUUCUCUGCUUUGCUUUCUUUGCCUUAAAAAAAAGAAAAGAAAAGAAAAGAUAAUCUUUUUGGGGGGAGGGGAGAUGAUCGUGCUGAUGUGGAAUAAGUGCUCCUGCUGUCUCCUCUUACUAGCCGCGGUCCUGAUCGUGGAGAGCUCCCAGCUAGACAGCUCCAGCUCUAAGGUGAACUCCAUCAAGUCCACCCUGAUGGGGGAGGCUUCAACUCAGGCAACCAACAGAUCUGCAGGCAUCCACCAGGGACUGAUACUGGCUAGCAGUAAGAAGGGCAAAAUCCUAGAGCAGAUGGGAAAACCUCCCAAGCACUAUCACCGGCAAGGAGAGGCCUAUCCUUGUACCAAUGAUAAGGAAUGCGAAGUUGGGCGGUACUGUCACGGUCCUCAUCAAGCAACUUCUGCAUGCAUGAUGUGCCGGAGGAAGAAGAAGCGUUGUCACAGAGAUGGCAUGUGCUGCCCUGGGAACCGCUGCAACAAUGGUAUUUGCAUACCAGUAACUGAAAGCAUCCUCACCCCUCACAUCCCUGCUCUAGAAGGGCCACGCAACAAAAAGAAUGGUCAUUAUGCUAGCAAGGAUUUGGGAUGGCAAAACCUAGGGAGGCCACGCUCCAAGCUGUCACACAUAAAAGGACAUGAAGGCGAUCCCUGUCUACGGUCAUCAGACUGUAUUGAGGGACACUGCUGUGCUCGCCAUUUCUGGACCAAAAUUUGCAAGCCUGUGUUACAUCAGGGGGAGGUGUGCACCAAACAGCGCAAGAAAGGGGCCCAUGGACUGGAGAUUUUCCAAAGAUGUGACUGUGCCAAGGGACUGUCUUGCAAAGUAUGGAAAGAUGCGACCUCCUCUUCUAAAUCAAGACUUCAUGUGUGCCAGAAAAUCUGAAUGAGGAUUGUGAGGAUAGUAUGAAGUGACUGUGGCUUUAGGUAUUUAAUGCAUUAUGGCACAGUGGGAAAUGAGGACUGCAAAUGAAAGCAGAGUGGCAAAAGUAACAGUUAGGAUGGGAGUAGAAGUCACACCAAACGCAUUUCUAUUUGAGCUGGUGGUAAACACGAGUGCAGCUGGAUUUCUCCUACUGUGCAGCUUUUCUGUAAAUAACUUCUACAGUUUGUGGGAAAUGCUAGUAUGCAAACAAGUACAGUGGAAAUUAAUGUCACUUAACUUGCUGUGUUGUCCUGUGAUGUUUCGGGGGGUUAGUGUUAGGGCUACAACAGUGGGUUUCCAGUGUUGUAAUAACUGCUAAAUGAAUUGUAUACAUUGUACUCCUAUAGGAAGCAGUGCAUGCCAGGAAGACUUAUCUGUCAACACAUUAUUGGCCACAUCGCAAGUGUGAGAAAUGGAAAUAAAGUUACUGUGAAUGUCUGCA